AUGGUUGCUGUUUCUCCUAAGAACUCGAAAAGGAAAGCUUCGGAGGAGGUUGCUUCCCCGGACUCCCAGCAGCAGGCUAGUAAGAAAGCGCGCACUGAUUCCCCAGAGAAAGAGGACAAUGGCCCGCCCUUGAAGCCACCCCUACGCAUUGUGCCCUUCCCCGAGAAACCUGCUGUGCUUGAAGAGCGCCGAGGUGAUAUCGAGUUUCGGGUGGUCAACAAUGAUGGAUCUCAUGACAGCUUCAUUGUUCUCACGGGUCUGAAGUGUAUCUUCCAGAAACAGCUUCCUAAGAUGCCGAAGGACUAUAUCGCUCGACUGGUCUAUGAUCGAUCGCAUUUGUCCAUUGCAAUUGUGAAGCAUCCACUGGAAGUUGUAGGAGGGAUCACGUACCGCCCAUUCAACAGUCGCAAGUUUGCUGAAAUUGUCUUCUGUGCCAUUUCCUCCGAUCAACAAGUCAAGGGAUACGGUGCGCAUCUAAUGUCUCACCUCAAGGAUUAUGUCAAAGCCACUUCGCCCAUCAUGCACUUCCUCACCUAUGCAGACAACUACGCCAUCGGAUAUUUCAAAAAGCAAGGAUUCACCAAGGAGAUCACGCUCGACCGAUCAAUCUGGAUGGGAUAUAUCAAGGAUUAUGAAGGUGGUACGAUCAUGCAGUGCACCAUGCUACCCAAGAUUCGGUACCUCGAGAUGGGGCGGAUGCUACUCAAGCAGAAGGAAGCUGUUCAAGCAAAAAUCCGUGCUUUCAGUCGAUCGCACAUUAUCCAUCCUGCACCCAAAGAAUGGAAGAGUGCUGUUCACAAGAUUGACCCAUUGAGCAUCCCCGCCAUCAAGGAAUCUGGGUGGUCACCCGAUAUGGACGAAUUGGCUCGACAGCCUCGCCACGGACCCAACUAUAACCAGCUGUUACACCUUCUGAAUGAUAUGCAGAACCACAGUGCUGCCUGGCCUUUCACGCAACCAGUGAAUCGAGACGAGGUGCCGGACUAUUAUGAAGUAAUCUUGGAACCCAUGGACCUAUCCACGAUGGAGGAGAAACACGAGAAAGACAUGUACCCGACACCACAAGACUUCAUCAAAGAUGCGUCCUUGAUCUUUGACAAUUGUCGACGAUACAACAACGAGAACACGCCUUAUGCCAAAAGUGCGAACAAACUCGAGCGAUUCAUGUAUCAGCAGAUUCGAAAUAUCCCAGAGUGGUCGCAUCUGGCUGAUGGGCAUUAA